AUGGAGGGGACGGUGCCGGCUGCCACCGGGGCGCAGGACGAAGGGACGGAUGACCCCGGGCAGGAGAAGGCUCCGGCUGCUGCCGCGGCUCAGGAUGGAGAGCAGGCAGAGCCGGGGAAGGAGAAGGCUGCAGGAGAGGCCGGAGGAGGGAAGGCAGAGCUGGCUCAGGAGGCUUCAGCUGCACAGCACGAUGGAGGGCUGGCAGCACCCACGGAGGAGAAGGUGCCGACUGCUGCCGAGGCCCAGAACGGAGGGAAGGAUGAGCCUGGGAAGGAGAAAGCUCCAGCUGCAGGAGAGCCUGAGGGAGGGAAGGCAGUGCCCACGGAGGGGAAGGCUCCAGCUGCUGCCGUGGCUCAGGAUGGAGGGAAGGAUGAGCCCCGGGAGGAGAAGGCUCCGGCUGCGGGAGAGCCCAAAGGAGGGCAGGCAGUGCCCGCGGAGGGGAAGGGCCUGGCUGUAGUAGAGGCUCAGGAUGGAGGGAAGGACGAGCCCAGGAAGGAGCAAGUCCCUGGUGCGUUAGAGGCUGAGGGUGGUGGGAAAGCAGAGCCCACGGAAGAGAAGGUUCCGGCUGCAGUGGAGGCUGAAGGAGGGAAGGCAAAACCUGCGGAGGAGACAGCCUUGGCUGCAGCACAGGCUCAGGAUGGAGGCAAAGAAGAGCCUGCAAAGGAAAAAACCAUGGCUGCUGCAAAGGAGAAGGCCCCGGCUGCUGAAAAAGCUCAGGAUGGAGGGAAGAAAGCUGCAAAGGCAGGGAAAACCCCAGCUGAUAAAAAGCCCACAAAGGAGAAGGCUCCAGCUGCUGCAAAGGAGAAGGUUCCAGCUACUGUAAAGGCUCAGGAUGGAGAGAAUAAAGGGGCAAAGGUAGAAAAAGCCCCAGCUACAAAAAAGGCUCAAGAUGGAGGCAAAGAGGAGCCUGCAAAGGAGAAAGCUGCAGCUCCUGCAAAGGAGAAGACCCCAUCCGCUGCAAAGGCUCAGGAUGGAGAGAAGGCAGCAGCAAAGGCAGAGGAAACCCCAGCUGCAAAGAAGCCUCAAGACGGAGGCAAAGAGGAGCCUGCAAAGGAGAAAGUCCCAGCUGCUGCAAAGGUACAGGAUGGAGGGAAGGAAACUGCAAAGGUGGAAAAAACUGCAAUUGCAGCAAAGGCUGAGGGUGGAGGCAAAGAAGAGCCUGCAAAGAAGAUGGUCCCAGCGACUGCAAAGGAGAAGGCCCCGGCUGCUGUAAAGGCUCAGGAUGGAGGGGAGAAAGCUGCAAAGGUGGAACCCCCCCCAGCUGCAGAGGAGGCUGGGGAUGGAGGCGAGGAGCCCACAGAGGCAGCGGCCACGGCUGCUGCGAUGGCUCAGGGUGAAGGGGAGAAAGCGGCAAAGGUGGAGGAGACGGAUAAGCAGCAGCAGCCGAAGGCGCCCGAGGCCCCGCGCCCGGCUCUGCUGCAGAGCCUGAGCUGCCCAGCCACCUGCCACAGGGAGGAGCAGCCCUGGGCGGAGGCGGCAGUGAUGGAGAUGAUACCGGAGGAGACCACAGCGGCAGAGCCUGGCCCUGCCUCGCCAGCCCUGGGGGGCCUGCAGCCCCUGGAGCCCCCCAUCCCCGUGGGGAGCCCUGGCACCCCGCAGGACAGGACAUUGCCCAGUGCUGUGGGGCAGUCCCCGGAUCCUACUGGGGCCACGGAGCAGCUUGGCCCUGGGGGGCAACCCUCCUCGACGGAGGCAGAGCCGCCUCCCAGCCCCUACCUCACCCCCGAUUUUGGGAAGGAAGACCCUUUCGAGAUACUGGAUGACGUCCCUCCGCCGCCAGCGCCCUUUGCACACCGCAUCGUCACCCUGCGGUCUGCCAGCGUCAGCUCCCAGUUCAACCUCAGCUCCAAGGAGAUCCUGGGAGGAGGCAAGUUUGGCGAAGUCCACACGUGCACGGAGAAGCAGACGGGGCUCAAGUUGGCGGCCAAAGUGAUCCGGAAGCAGGGUGCCAAGGACAAGGAGAUGGUGCUGCUGGAGAUUGACGUGAUGAACCAGCUGAACCACCGCAACCUCAUCCAGCUCUACGACGCCAUCGAGACACCCAAGGAGAUCAUCCUCUUCAUGGAGUUCGUGGAGGGCGGCGAGCUCUUUGAGCGGAUCGUCGACGACGACUACCACCUGACGGAGGUGGACUGCAUGGUGUUCGUCCGGCAGAUCUGUGAGGGCAUCCGCUUCAUGCACCACAUGCGUGUCCUCCACCUCGACCUCAAGCCUGAGAACAUCCUCUGCGUCGCUGCCACCGGGCACAUGGUGAAGAUAAUUGACUUUGGGCUGGCUCGAAGGUACAACCCCCAGGAGAAGCUGAAGGUGAACUUUGGCACCCCCGAAUUCCUCUCCCCCGAGGUGGUCAACUACGAGCAGGUCUCCUACUCCACAGACAUGUGGAGCAUGGGCGUCAUCACCUACAUGCUGCUCAGUGGCCUCUCCCCCUUCUUGGGUGACAACGACACUGAGACGCUCAACAACGUCCUGGCUGCCAACUGGUACUUCGAUGAGGAGACCUUCGAGAGCGUCUCUGAGGAGGCCAAGGACUUCGUCUCAAACCUCAUCAUUAAGGAGAAGAGCGCCCGGAUGAGCGCCGGCCAGUGCCUGCAGCAUCCCUGGCUCAACAACCUGGCAGAAAAGGCCAAGCGCUGCAACCGCCGGCUCAAGUCCCAAGUGCUGCUCAAGAAAUACGUCAUGCGGCGGCGCUGGAAGAAAAACUUCAUCGGGGUGUGUGCCGCCAACCGCUUCAAGAAGAUCACCAGCUCAGGGUCGCUGACAGCACUGGGUGUCUGA